AGUUAUCAGUCGGGCGUCAAUGAGUCGCAUCGUGGGCUGCCCUGACGUACGCGGCUCGUAGCGUUAUCUGUGCCGGAGCCAUGUGGAGGAGGCUGGGUGCAGCGGGGCGGGGCGGCGGCGCUCGGGCCUCAGUCGCCGCGCGCUCCGCCCGCGCAUCGCCCGCGUCUCGACCGCUCCUCACACCACGCUCGUGACGCGCCGUGUGUUGUGACUUGUGACUGUCCACAUAAUCUUGGUGUAAAAAUAAAGCCGGCGACAGACAGCGGCGUCCCUGGUUAUAUUUAAAUGAUACGGACGCGGCGCUGGGCCCCGCUCGCCCCGCAGUCAUGAGGCUAAGUCGGGGCAUAGUGUGCGAGUGCCUGGGCGCGAGCGCGUGCCCCGACGGCGCGGCGGCCGGCACGUGCACGACGCAGCCCGGCGGCUACUGCUUCAGCACCGUCGAGGAGGUCAUAGGCGACGAUGGCGCGCUCGAGCUGGAGCGCACCGCGGGCUGUCUGCCGCCCGACGAGGCGGGGUUCAUGCAGUGCAAGGGCUCGCAGGUGCCGCACCUGCACCCCAAGGUGAUCGCGUGCUGCUGGGAGCACGACCUGUGCAACCAGCGCCUGCGCCCCGCGCCCCCCGCGCCGCCGCCCGCCGCGCCCGCGCCGCCCGCCGCCGCGCCCGAGCCCGCGCUGCUGCUGGCCGGCGCGCUGCUGCUGGCGCUGCUGCUGGCGCUGUGCGCCGCGCUGCUGCUGCGCCGGCGCCGCGCGCGCGGCAAGCGCCCGCCCUCCCCGCCCGCGCCCCCCCCCGCCGACCUGUCCUCGGGCUCGGGCUCCGGCCUGCCGCUGCUCGUGCAGCGCACCGUCGCCAAGCAGAUCCAGAUGGUGGAGUCCAUCGGCAAGGGCCGCUACGGCGAGGUGUGGCUGGCGCGCUGGCGCGGCGAGCGUGUGGCGGUGAAGGUGUUCUUCACCACCGAGGAGGCGUCGUGGUUCCGCGAGACGGAGAUCUACCAGACCGUGCUGAUGCGCCACGAGAGCAUCCUCGGCUUCAUCGCGGCCGACAUCAAGGGCACGGGCUCGUGGACGCAGAUGCUGCUCAUCACGGACUACCACGAGCGCGGCUCGCUGUACGACUACCUGCAGGCGGCCGUGUUGGACGCGGCCGCGCUGCUGCGCCUGGCCGGGUCCGUGGCCGCCGGGCUGGCGCACCUGCACGUGGACAUCCGCGGCACGCGCGGCAAGCCCGCCAUCGCGCACCGCGACAUCAAGUCCAAGAACAUCCUGGUGAAGCGCGACGGCACGGCGGCGCUGGCGGACUUCGGGCUGGCCGUGCGCUGGGACGCGGCGCGCGGCGUGGACGUGGCGCCCAACACGCGCGUGGGCACGCGGCGCUACAUGGCGCCCGAGGUGCUCGCCGAGACGCUGGACCCGCGCGACUUCGAGGCCUUCAAGAUGGCGGACAUGUACUCGCUGGGGCUGGUGCUGUGGGAGAUGUGCCGGCGCUGCGCCAGCGGCGGGCUGCUGGAGCCGGCCGCGCUGCCGUACCACGACGCCGUGCCGCCCGACCCCAGCUUCGAGGACAUGGCGGCCGUGGUGGUGGCGGCGGGGCGGCGGCCGGCCCUCCCCCCGCGCUGGCUGGCCGCCCCCCCGCUGGCCGGCGUGGCGGCGCUGGCGCGCGAGUGCUGGGCCCCCCUCCCCCGCGCGCGCCUCACCGCGCUGCGCGUCAAGAAGUCGCUGGCCGCCCUGCGCGCCGACUGCUCCGUGAAGCUGGUGUAGCCGCGCCGACCGGACAAUCAACUCACCACCGUUUCGUUUAAAUCUCAGUAUUUUUAAGUUAUGAGCCGCGCCCGGCGCAGUCUUCCGUGUGGACGCGAUGUGAUACCCGACAAUAACCGUGCGUCCGGCACGCCGCGACAGACGCUGGUCAGUGCUCGCAGUCGCCGUACUAACAAACAUUUGUGUAUUUGUACUUAAAAGUGGAAACUGAUAGGACGAGUAAGAGAAGACUUGUAAAAAUGUGUCUUAUGAGAUGCCUUCGCCAGAUUUUAGUAUUAAAAAUAUUUUGUAUCGCGGUGCCCUCGGCUUGACAAACGCAUGGCCAUAGUGGAUUUAUUAAAGUUAUAGAUAUUAACAGUCUGAGCGUUAAGCCGAGGCGCCCGCGUGGCAUUUAUUGUACAGUGUUGUGUAAAUAUAGUUGUAGCUGGUCUAUGUCGAUAGUUAAGUUAAGAAUAAAAUGAUAAUGGACUAAA